AUGUCUUCUCUGCUUUGCUGCGGGCCCAAGCUGGCCGCCUGCGGCAUCGUGCUCAGCGCCUGGGGCGUCAUCAUGCUGAUUCUCCUGGGGAUUUUCUUCAACGUGCACUCUGCUAUUCUCAUCGAAGACGUUCCCUUCACGGAGGAAGAUUUCAAGGACGGCCCGGAGAGGAUCUACCGUCUCUACGAGCAAGUCAGCUACAACUGCUUCAUCGCGGCCGGGCUGUACCUGCUGCUCGGGGGCUUCUCCUUCUGCCAGGUCCGGCUGAACAAACGCAAGGAGUACAUGGUGCGCUAGGACCCCGCCGGGGACAGCUGCCCCCUCCCCGGACCUGCCGGGCCCAUCGGCUCAUUCCAGCUCCUCCCCGGCGCCCCCUUUG